CCUUCCAAACUUGGAUGACGCUAUUAUAGAUGAUGAGGAGAAGACCCAACAAACAAAACUAAAACGCCACGUCUCUUGUGUUUUUCAUUCAAUAAUACACCUCUUGUCGGUGGCCGGUGGGUGAGAAGAACAGAGAAAGACCCUUCUAUUUUUUAUUUUUAAGUCUAAACAAUAUAUACAAGCAUGGAACAAGAUCGAAGGCUUGAGCUCAUCGACCACGCAAUUCAGGUCCAAGGUUCCCUCCAUAACAAUGAUGCUCAAUACCAAAAUGCUCUUUCCCACCUUUUCUCUGUCUCUCAGUUGAAAAUGUUGAAAGGAGAAGAGAUACUUGAGCAAUUCGAGGCUUCUAGUUCUUCUGAGCCUGUGGCUUCUUUAACUCAGGAAACAGAAAGUGAAAAUGAGAAUGGUGGGGAAGGUAAGGGAAGUAAGAAUGAUGAGAUAAUCAAAGAGCUGAAGAAGGUGAAGAGGCAGAACUUUGUGACUCAUUGUCUUCUUUCGGUGAUGAUUGUCCUCAAUGUGGCUUGGCAACUAUCAGAGGUUUCUCUUAUUUUGAAAGUCAAAGAUGGACUAAGCCACCCUUUUAGAUCCAAGAACCUGAUGACAAAGAACACCCAUCUGAAUCUCCAUCCCUUCCUUCCAUGAUCAUUUCAAAUAUGUCUCAUAAUAAAAAACUAGUGAAACUUGCCAUUUUCUUGUGAUGUUUGCUCUAUUAUUGUCAAUUGGUUGAAAGUGAUAUGCCGAAGGAAAUGGAUUUGCACUUUCCCACUUCCUUGUACCUUUUGCAAGUGUUGACAGGUGUUGUCUUAUUGUAGCACAUUCAUGAAUCAUGCAUUACCAUUGUAUCCAAUCUGCCAUAUUUUUUUGCAGUAGAUUUAGACGAGAACUGAUUAGGACCAAGACCUUCAUGUCAACAUCACUUGGUUUAGAAUCUUAAUACAAUUCUACACGUAGUAAGAAAAAUCCAAAUUCCCUCAAAGUCAAA